CAUAUCUUUGAACACAUGGUGCAUUGAUGCUCGAUUUACAUAUGAAUGCAUAUGUCGCGUGGAAUAGCGGUGUGAUGUGGGACGUAUUGCUAAACGUAAAGAUAUUUAAGUUAUUGUGAUAAAAAAGAUCCGUAAUUGACAAUAAACUUCUGAAUUGUAGUCAUACAAUUUUUGUAGUUGCGUCAUUAAUGGUGUAAUGAUUGCUGUCUCACAAGAUCUGUGCGUCCUAUCUUAAUUGCAUAACCUAUUCAGCACAAUUAAGUAAUCGAAUAAUAUUUCGCGUAACUUUAAGAAAAUGGCAACUCAAAUGAAUGUUCCGUUAUCAUUUGUGCGUCGUUUCCGGCACUAUCAAAAAUCGUGGCGAAAAGAUGCCGUCUUAUACGAUCAAGUCAAAUAUCAUCCAGUUAAGAAGGAUCACGUAGAUCCUCCGAUCGUUCCGUCGAAAGUUCUAAUGAUUCAUAGAGUGAAACCGAUUAAAGGUAAUCCUUGGUGGGAAAAGGAUAUUAUCGCAAAAUUAGGAUUCAGAGAAAAGGAAAACAAACCUGUAUUUGUAAAGAAUACACCAGAAAUGUGCAUAGAACUUUGGCGUGUGAAGCAUUUGAUAAAAAUUGUUCCAGUAACGACGCCUGAUAACUUUGAUGCUAUUGAUGACUUAACAGAGUAUUAUGCCCAUCCUACUGGGACUAUUUAUGUCACUGGUAAACUAGAUCCUGCUCGUGUGAAAGCUACAGAGGAGUUUAGGAAUUCCAUGAAGAGAUUAGAAUACCCCAAUGUAUCAGAAAAACUGAGACUUCAAUGGUUACAGGGAGCUCUUGUACCCAAUGCAUAAGGGAGUGUACAUUAAAUAAUAAAUUUGUUUCUUUUUCA